GGAGUGUGUCUUGGACACAACUAUCCACCACACUCUUGCUCUUUCCUUCACCUCUUUCGUAGCUAGUUCUAGCUACGCAGGUUUGGAACCGGUUCUUUUCCAACCCAUAGGCUCGAUCUACUACUCUGCAGCCUUGGCCAUAUAAGUAUUCCUCCCGCAAUGUGGAUGCAGAUAAACUUUUUUUUUCCUUUUGCUUUUGCACAUCUGCCAAGAUGCGUUGCUUUUGCUAAGGUGAAUGACAAAGAUAAUCAAAGCACAUAUCAUGUCUUGUGCUUUGAGUUUUUAAAGUGGACCCUCUUGAUCAUGGCCAUUUCUGACUGGGGCAAAGGACGCAAGGUUACUUUUCUUGACCUGCAUGGAGGAGCCCAUAUGAGAUUCACAGUAAUAAGUAUGCACAAUUUUCUUGCAUGUAAACAUAUCGUGUAAUGUACAACUAUGUUUUCUUGGGGGCCAAAAACACAACAUAUAAACAUAGCAUUUUGACCGUAACACCAGAAAGUUUUAAGGUUGAAAAAGCUACCAAAAAGAAGAUCGAAUGACAAAAAUAGACUUCCAUUAAUAAUAAAUAGAGUGUAUGUUGUUAUAGUACUCAUGCUACAUAAAGCGUACAUCAUAGGAAAGAGGUGACUGCGUGCCUUACAUGCUAAUAGACGAGAUGGGCAAUGUACUCUCUGCCCAUGGUCGCAGAGCGCCUGAUUGCCAACCUUACUUCAGAGAGACUCGCAAGUUUGGAACAGAAUUUCGGCCCAGCCGGUCCCAUGCAUGGGCAUACGUGCAGAUGAAGGAUGAUGGUUUCCUUUUGCUUUGCUAGACUUGUCCCGUGAAGAUGCCCAUAGCCUCAUCGCUUAGUUUGUCACUACCCCUUGGUCCAAAUCCAACUAUACUAUUCCAAACAAGAGAGGAGGAGAAUCGGACAUCAAGAUGGCCGGCAGCGCCCAGAGCGCCGUGGGUUCGCUGCUGGGCACCCUAGCCACGGUCAUCAGCGACGAGGCCAAACUGCUGGGCGGUGUCCGUGGCGACGUGCAGUUCAUCAAGGACGAGAUGGAGAGCAUGAAUGGCUUCCUACUCGACAUGGCCGAUACGGGUUGCCAACCAAACAACCAGGUCCGGUCAUGGAUGAGGCAAGUCCGGGAGGUCGCCUACGACUCCCAGAACUGCAUCGACCGUUACGUGCAGACCUUCGGUGCCAGCCGCCCAACGGCGGGCCUCCUUGGCACCGUACGGCAUGUGCCGCAGAUAAUGCGGACCAUGCCAGAUCGCCACCGCAUCGCCAUGCAGAUCCGAGAGCUCAAGUCCAGGGUGUGCGAGGUGGGGGAGCGGCGGCAGAGGUAUGGCAUCACGGUUGUCCCGGACAAGUCACCAGCGACUCGCACUUCCACCGGAGAAGAUGGUGCCGAGGAGGAAGAUAAUCAGAGGCAUACUGCUCUAGCUGAUAUUGCUGACCUAUUGGACAUUGACGCGAGAGCGCAGCAGGUGAUUGCAUGGCUGAAAGGACAAGGUGAUCAUUCAAAGUCCAGUAGCCUUGGUGACAUAUGGAUAGCCAGGUCCAAGUAUGAUGAACUAGUGGUGCAGAUGCUCAAGCUGGGAAAGGGACUAGUAAGAGAGAAAGAUCUACUGAGCAUGAUAAGCAAAGCCAAAAUAACCGAGCAGCAUGCCUUAACCGCGACUAUACCUGUAGUCGCAAGGAUGCAGACAAAUGAGGCCAUAAAGGUGGUGGACAAGGACGAGAUCAUCGAAAAAACAAUGCAGAAGCUCAAGGAAGAGAAGAGGCGGCCGUGGUACGACAUGGCCAUAUGGCAGGAGUUCCGUCAGAUGCCCAUCGAGACGAUCAUGCCGGAGCUCAAGAAUAAGAAGAGGCUACCGUGGUUCACGAAAGCCAAAGAUAAGGAGCUGCUUUCCACAAAUGCCAACGAGGAGCUGCUUCACCCAAUGUAUAGCAUGGAUCCUAGUGAGAUGGAGGAGAUAAUCAUGCGGCUGCCCAAGUAUAAGAAGAGGGUGGAGCAGUUCGUGAAGGCCAAAGAGAAGAAGCAAGGGAACAAGUUUGAAGAGAAUCUGCGAGAGGAGGCCAUGAAGGUGGUGGAGGAGAACGAGAUCAAAAAGACGUUACAGGAGAUCAAGGAUAAGAAGGUACUCGAAUGGUAUGAAAAUGCCAAACAGAAGGUGAUGGUACUACUUGAGGAGGCAACGAAGGUGCAGGAGGAGAAUGAGAAGGUCAAAAAGAAGGUGUGGCUGCUGCUGCGUCAUCUGGCCAAAGAGGGGGUAAGGGAGCUGGUUCACGAUGGUGGCUGGCUGAUGGGCAUGAUAUUAGGAGACGACAAUCCCGGAAAGUCAACAGCUAGGUCAUCUAAAAAAGUGGGAGCAGGAAGCGGAGGAGAAGAGGAGGAGGAUGGUGAGGGAGGAGGAACACAGAACAAGAGAGAAAAGGAAAAACAACCGCCCAGAAAGUCAACAGUAACUAGCUCAUCUGAAAAAAUGGAAGGAGGAACAGAAGUAGAAAAUGGGGAGGAAGGAGAGGGAGGAGGGGGAACGCAGAACCAGAGAGAAAAGGAAAAACAACCGCCCGGAAAGUCAACAGUAGCUGGCUCCCCUAAAGUAGAGGGAGGAGGACGAAGAGAAGUAGAGCAGGGGGAGGAGGAUGGAGAGGGGGGAGGAAGACAUAACCAGACAGAAAAGGCAAAAGAACCGUCUGCGAUGGAGGUGCAAUACACUAUGAAGUUGAUCCGAUGGCUGAAGGGAGUUUUCGGCAAUGACCAUAUGCAGGCUAAACUCCUUGCCAUUGUAACACCACCGGUUGAUGCCAGUAAUCCAGAGGCACACAAGCGGGCGACUGAUCUUGCGAGGACAGUGUAUGACCAUCCUGAUGCAGCGAGCCAUUUCAACUUCAAGGUCUGGGUCGAUGCCAAGCGCAAUACGAAGCGGAAGGAGAGGCUUCAAUGCAUACUCAAACAAGUACAGCCCCACUCCAUUGAAGACCAUCAGAUUAGCACAUGGGAUGAGAUGAAAUUGGAGCAAGAGAUUCAACAGCACCUGAAAGGUCAAAAAUUCUUGAUCAUUCUGGCUGAUCAUGAGGAUCAUUCACCAUGGGCAGACAUUACAAAGGCUUUGCCAACUGAUCACACUUCUGACAGUGCUAUCAUAGUAACCCCAAUGAUACAGCAAACACCUCAUUUGCAUGGGUGGUACAUAGCUAGCUUUUUUUUCUUGCUCAAAGAUUACCGCUGCAACGUCCACUUCUUAUCCUAUCUUGAUACUGCACUCAAAAAAGCCACUCAAUUGCUGGACGGGAGCAACUACAUGGAGGAAUCAAUGGGCAUUGUUGAGCAAAUUCUUAAGAGAUGUCGUUGGGAUUCCUUUUCUACCAAGAUGGUCCUUCAUGCUCUUCAUGCUAAUCCUCACAGAAGCAAUGAAGAUUGGAAGAAACUGCUACAUAGGCUAAAAGAUUUUAGCACACUGAGUAAUGCAAACCAAAUCGUAAGGUUCUGUUAUGACGACCUGCCCAGCCAUUAUAAGAUGUGCUUGUUGUACCUAUCCAUUUUCCCCCAAGAUUCCAAAAUCAGGAGAACAAGCUUAGUCAGAAGAUGGGUUGCUGAAAACCUGAUCAUCAGAACACAUGAGUUGAAUGCAUUGGAUCACGCUGAGCAUGCAUUCAAUGCGCUCGUUGCUCGAGGUCUUGUUCUUCCCUGUGAAAUUGGCCCUGAAGGCAAAGUAAAGUUUUGUAAGGUACAUCCUCAUGUCUGCUCCUUCAUUGCUAAGAUGGCACGUGAGGAGAAUGUUGGGAACACAGGCCUGCUGCCUGAGUUUGCACACUGCCUUUCCAUUCGCAAUGGAAUUCAACUCCAACAGCUCCCCAAGAAGAGACAAGCCACAUAUCCCAACACAUGCUGCUGGAGACCCCAGAAGCCCCCUGCCAGUACCAAGGAUCCCUUGUAUGUCAUAGUAACAUUUCUGAAUUCGCUGCUCGCAUCUUCUCAAUUAGGAUUGGUCAAAGUGCUGGACCUAGAAGGUUGCAAUGGAUUAAAGAAGCAGAACCUCAAGAUAAUAUGCAACAAGCUAUUUCAGCUCAAGUAUCUCAGUCUAAGGAACACAGACCUUACUGACCUUCCCAAGGAGAUUGACAAGCUCAGGUACCUGGAGACAUUUGACAUCAGGCAAACCAAGAUACGAUCAUUCCCUACAAAAGCCAUUGGUAUGCUCCAAAAGCUAGUGCAUCUCCUUGCAGGUCAUACUGGGCUAGAUGAGUCACUUUCCACUGUUCAUAUCCCUCAUGGAGUAGGGACCAUGACAAACAUGCAGAUACUAUCCCAUGUUGAAGUUUCCAAGAAAGGUGAUGAUCAUGAGUUAACUGAAGUUGGUCGGCUGCAGCAGUUGAGGAAGCUGGGUGUGGUUAUCCAUGGCAAUGAAGCCCAUUUGCUCCACAUUUUGCUUCGGGUAAUUGGAAAGCUACAUGAAUCUCUGUGCUCUUUGUCAGUCCGUAUUGAAAUAAGAAAGACUGAUACUGGUGUGUUUCGCUCAAAAAGUGAACAUGAUGGCGAUGAUACUGAUGACAUGAACACAAACGAGACAUUUUCACCUCCCAAAUCUCUUGUAAAUCUUAGAAUCAAUGGAUGGAUAAGGGGGCUACCAAGCUGGAUCAAAGAGCUACAUAAACUUUCGAAGAUAACUCUCUGUGGUACAUACUUGACGGACACUGAUAUACAGCUGCUAGGUGAACUUGGCAAUUUGCGCCUUCUCAUGCUCCGGCCCAAGUCAUAUAAGGACAAGAAGCUUACUUUGAGGAGUAAUAAAUUCAAAAGACUUCAAUUCCUUGUCAUAGAGGACUCAGACAUCUCCAACAUUCAUUUUGAACAUAAUGGAGCUUCUAUUCUUGAGAAGAUAGUUUGGACUUCCAAUAGCAUGGAAAACCUACAUGGAAUUGAACAACUUCUGAGCCUGAAAGAUAUUGAGCUGAACAGUAACUGUGACCUGAGUCGCAUCAUACAUGCCACAAAAGCAAAUCCAAAUCACCCUAUCCUUACGCAGAAUCCAAUACCCAAGGCCACCGAGGCUACUGAUGCAAGCAACAUUCCUCGUCGGCAGUAGAAACUAUUUCUGCAGUGUGCUACCAGGCAUUCAUCAUCGAAUUGAUAUUCGUGUACACCAGUUAUUUAUCCUGGUCGUCUGUUACUUUAUCAUCAAGGUGUGUUUGAGUGUGCAGGUGUGCUACUA